AAAACUUGUGACCUGGGACUUGAAUCACUUAACUAGAAUUAACCAUGGCGCAGGCGCGCAUGAAGGUCAUCUUUGGCCAUAUAAAUCAAAGGGACCAUCAUGCUUUUUCAUUAAGCCCUGUUGCAGCAGGACUGAGUGUGCAGCCACAGGUUACUGAAUUUCAGUAUACUCUUGAUAAUCCUCGUUUGACCUACGCCCAGCGUGCCUUUUAUGAAGAAAAUGGAUUCCUGGUUAUCCCCAAUUUGGUACCACAUGUUCUUAUUGAUAAAUGGAGAGACAGGUUCCUUGACCUUGUAGAAGGUCGUGUUGAUACUGCAGGCAUGACGAAGAUGAAGGAUAUAGCAUUGAAGGACAAAAAAAACGUAGCAGCUGAACGUGUUGUCAACAAACUUCAGGACUUUGUUUGGGAUGAGGUUCUCUCUGAGCACUGCUUGUUACCUCAGGUUCUAGACUAUGUUGAAUGUUUUACUGGUCCCAACAUCAUGGCUAUGCACACCAUGCUGAUUAACAAACCACCAGAUCCAGGUACUCGCACUUCACGACAUCCUCUCCACCAGGAUUUACACUACUUCCCAUUCAGACCCGCAAACAGAAUUGUAUGUGCCUGGACAGCUAUGGAGAAGAUAAACAAUGACAAUGGGUGCCUCUUUGUCCUCCCAGGUUCUCAUAAAGGAAAGCUUGAACAACACGAGUACCCAGAAUGGGAGGAUGGGGUAAACAAGAUGUACCAUGGAGUUCGUGGUUUUGAUGAUGAGCCCAAAGCUAUGUUAUGCAUGGAAAAAGGCGAUACAGUUUUCUUCCACCCUAUCCUGCUACAUGGCUCGGGAGAUAAUCGUACACAGCACUUCCGCAAAGCCAUUUCCUGCCACUAUGCAGCCUCAGAAUGUAACUACAUUGAUGUACGUGGGACAUCCCAGGAAAGUAUUGCCAAGGAGGUUGAAGAGAUUGCCUUAAGGAGAGGUGUUACUGGAUUAGACUUCAAGGAAAUUUGGAAACUUCGCAGUCGUGUAGCUCGUGGGACUGAAGUGAACCUGUAAAUGUAGUAUAUUGGAAUAAGUAAACUUACAUUUAUAUAACAUGAAGGAUAUAAUGUUUGCAUAAUAUUGCAAUCAGUAGAUGUGGCAGUGCAAGUAUUAUUUCAAGUCUGUUGGGAGUUUAUAUAGUUUUGUCAAAUAAUGAGGAAUGUUCUUAAAUGUGAAGGUUAAGAAUAUGAAGCAGUGUAUAAAAUUUCAUUGGAAUGUUUGUUUGGUCUAUAAUAUAACUCUAAACAUUAAUUUCCAGAUGCAAUUCAGCUGUAAAACUGUAAUGUUAACAAAUGUUUAUCGGUAAAAAUGACUGAAUAAAUGACCAAAUUAAAAAUCCAGAGUUUUUUAUGGUGACUAAUUAUCAUCUACAACAAUAAUAAAAUAGUUUCUGAUUCUUUUUCACUGGGUAGAAUUUGAUGGCAUUAGUUGAAGUUCGGCUUCUUUAAACAGUUCUCAUAAUACACAAAAAUUUUCAGUAAAAAAAAUUACAGCCUUAAACUCAUAAGUUUCUCAUUGAUCCAAGGCUGAGUAGUUAAUCUUUAAAAAUUAAUUAAAGUAACAACAUUAUUACUAUGAUGAUUUUUAGUUAAAACAUUAUUACUAUGGGGAAAAAAUUUCUCCCCAAAGUAUCUCUCAAGAGGUGCAAUUAUGAUCCAAUCUCUUUCAUCUUAUAACCAACUUCAAUUUUAAAUUCCCUGGAUCUCACAGUCUCCUUACAUUUAAGAACAAUCCCUAGAUGAGCCCUAUGGCUCUAGAAAUGUGCCUUGGCGGUUUCUUUAAACUACCGUGUAAUAUAAUCAUUUUGGUGCUAUUAGAAUAAACUAUUAUGUAUGCAAAUCUUCACUAUGAAAUAUUUGGCAAUUUGUAUGACACUACUGUGUGUUUCUGUAAUUUAGGAUUAUUUUAUUCUUGAAUAAUUUUUUUGACAUACUAUAGUCAGUCCAUGGUAUUCACAGGGGAUAGGGAUCACGAACUCCUGUGAAUAGCUAAAAUCCAUAAUUGACAUCUCCUCUAAAAAAUACUUAUAACUGGCUAUUUAAAUACUUCAAAUAUCAGAUCCCACCUCUAAAAACAUUUAUAACAGCUUACCAUCAUCCUACACAGAAUAUCUGCUUACCUACUUUAAUAGUUCAAAAACCAAAUUUAUAUCUUUUUGCAAAUAAACCAGUGCCAAGUUCCGCAGAAAAAUCUGCGAAUAGGUGAAGCCUCGAAUCAGCAACCACAAAUAGGUGGGGGUCAACUGUAAUGCAGCAGUAGUAAAAUUUGCCAGGAACCUUAACUACAUCAGCAGUAGUAAAAUUUGUAAGGAACCUUAACUACAUAAAACCCUUUGUGUACAGUUAGAUUUUUCUGCACUAGUUUGAGCCAUGUAGCUCUAGCUUUCAGAGGUUCCUUAAUAUAUCCAAAAUUCAUAUGCAGUAGUUGUAAUAGAAUUAUGUAAGCAACAAAAACCAAAUUAAACCUUCAAAACUUCUAUUUUAGUGCAUGAAUUCAUAUGUAUGGUUUAACUUCAUACUGGUUGUCCAGUGCUUUUGAAGUUAUUUAAAACAGCUGUACAUUCAUUUAAAACAACUGUACAUCUUUUGAAAUUAUAGAGUUAUACAAAACAACUGUAAUUUCUGAUGUAAGAUGUAUCUUGUAGUUUCAUUUAUUUUUUUCUCCAGUGUUCCUCCACACAGUUCACUGGUUAGAUUUAUGUGCUGGGUUAUAUAGGUGUAUUUGAUCUGUUAAACUAGACCUUAGAAUUUUACCUUCAUAUGAAUAAAUCUGGAAAAAAUUUAAA